AACUAUUCGAAUUCCCUCGAGAGUUAAAAAACCCGCGAAUUUCUCAACUUAUCAGACGCGUCUCAAAAACUCCCGUGAAAAGUAGAAAUUCUCAAGUAAAUUGUGAUUGAAUCAGGAUGCAGUGUGCCUUGUGUAAAUCCUCAGAGAAGGAUGAUGUAUUGCAUGGAGAGUUCUUGCGCAAAGGCCGUGUUGCAGUCCACUACUAUUGCCUGCUACUCACGACGGUAAUGGAACAAAAUGGGGACGACAACGAAGGAAUUCGUGGAUUUCUCGUCCCAGAUAUCAUUGAAUGUGCAAAAAAGUCGGAAAAUAAGAAAUGUACCUACUGUCGCGACACGGGAGCCAAUAUUGCUUGCUGCAACCGGAAAUGCUUCAGAUUCUUCCACACUGUGUGUGGAGCUAAAAACAAUGCCCGGUACAUCUUCUACGAUACCUUCCAAUCUUUUUGUCACCGGCACAUUGAUUUGCCCGAGGAUAAGAAUCCCCAUGAUCCCGAGGAGCUUUGUACCAUCUGUUGUGAUGCUCUAGGGACGUAUCAUCCGCUGAAUUCAAUUCGUCCUCCAUGCUGCUCAUCAGGAUGGUUCCAUAGACUUUGUCUAGCAAGGGCGGCUCUUUCUGCUGGCUAUUUCUUCAGGUGCCCCCUCUGCAAUGAUGAGAAGAAGUUCCGGAAUUUUCUAACUCAUCGCAAUGUCUUCAUUCCCGACAGGGACGCAUCCUGGGAAUUGGCUCCGAGGGCAUUUUCUGAAUUGGAACGUAAAAUCUCCUGCACUGCUCCCAUAUGCCUAUGCCCAACAGGACGAGAAACAAAUACCAAUCACUGGAAGAUGAGGAUUUGCAUUGUAUGCGGAUCAAAAGCAAUUCACAUGAAUUGCAACAAACUCUAUGCUCAUCGUAGAUUUACAUGCGAUGAUUGUGAUUUUACCCUGCAUGAGAUUGAAAGGAACAAAUGCAUGGAAGCUGCUAAUGGAAUUGGGGAAAUGAACCUCGAAGCUAGAUCUGAAAUUGAUGAGAUUGGAGGUCAAGUCAAUGAUAAUCCUGAGACUACUGAAAGUACUGCAAAUACUGCACCACACCUGGAGCACAAUGAUGAGCUCAUGGGACGAGUUUUGCGCUCCAGGACAAGAUCUCUUGAUGUGGAGAAGACAGAUUUUGAAGGAAUUCAAAAGGAGGACAAGAAGACACAUGAAUCUGUUCCAAUUGCUUCCACGAGUACUCAAGCAGGUCCAUCAACUAUCAGUCCCAGAAAACGAACUCGUUCCAUGUUUGAUAAUAAUAAUCCACCAGAGAGCAAAGACUCAAGGGCGUUGGAAAUGUUUCACUUGCAUGAGAGCCACCAGAGUCCACCUAGAAAACGUACAAGAAGCAAUACAAAGGGUACUGUGGAACCUCGCCGAAGAUCUCAACGACUUGCUGUACAGCACUGUUCAACUAUUGUUGAGGAAGAGGAAAAAGACAGUCCAAUCAGUAUUAUUGAUAAAGAUUCAGCUACCGACGAUCAUCAAGGGAACAAUUAUGAGGCUUACAGUGAGUCUGUUAUUCAGCCAACCUCAAGUACUCCCAUCGUGAACUCCGUCUUCACUGAUGGGCCAUCGAAAUCUAAAACAUUUUCUGAUGCAAAUCAAAAUGAAACAUCAAUUGAUCUACCUAAGUUAGCUCUGAGAAAGAGAGCUAAUGCUGUCUCUCAUGAAACUUUUGAUGAUUGCGACUCAUUUGCAUCAGAAGAAAUUGCUUCAGAUACUCAAAUCCUUGAAGUAUCAUCAGCUGAGAAUAACAUGAGAUGUUCUCAAAGCAAAUCCCAACAAUUUUCUAAUGAAGAGCUUCCAACGAUUGUUGAAGAUCCUAAUGAAGAUGAAAACGUUGAACGUGAAGCGAUCAUCGAAAAAGAACUUGAUUUUGAAAGUUUCUCAGAAGAUCAAGGAGAUCAAGGCGAUUGUAAGCCACCAGAUGAAUCAAACUCUGCAUCCAAUGUUGAUCCUGAGGAAUCAGUUGAUACAUCAACAACGAGCACAGCAACCCUUCAUUCCAUCAGGAGUGCUAAUGCACCUGAAUCUCCAAGUAAUAAUGAAAGGGUUAAUCGUUUAAAACGUCCCCGUACAAAGCGGAGACGUUUAGUGCAUAGUGGAAAUUCUUCUGAUAGCUAUGAGACAGACAAUUCAAAAGAUGAAAGUUUUGAAAUAUCAUCAACUGAAAGGAUUUUGCGCCCAAGAAGCAAUAAAACAAAGGAAAAUCAACGUCGUAGAUCUCAGAGACUUUUGAAAUCUCAAUCUCUGAUAAGGGAAGAAACAGAGGAUCAGACAAUCAACAACUCGUUCCAUUCAAUCGAAAAUGGAGAGACAGGCACUGAACAAAAUACUUCUUCUAGCAACUCAUUUGAAACAACUUCAAACAGUACAACAACACUAAAUUCUACCUGCGUCAGAAUGAACCCUGAAAAUGAUGGUCGACAACCAUUAAAAACUGCUAAAGCACGUACAAAAUACUUGAGUGAGAGUGAAGCAUCCAAAUCACCAAAACUUUGCCUGAGAAAUCGAACUCAUUCCAUGUUCAGUGGACUACAAGUUGAUCAUUCAAUUCCUCUGGAAGAUUUGAAAAUGGAUAAAGAGUGUGACACAACGCUGGAAAGAACAUCCUCAAAGCCCAUCAAGAAAUCUGAAGAUAUAAUGGAAAGAGACAUUUUUACAGAGCGCCGACGACGUUCCUAUCGGCUGGAGAAGCAGCAAACCCCAAUUAUUACGCAGAAGUUGCCGACAGUAGCACUAACAGAACCGGAUAUGCGUGUCCUGAACAAUCGCAAUCGUCCCUGCCGUAAAGCUGCACUCUACAGUCGUAUCCGGACAUUCAAAAUGUGUGACUAUUUCAAUUCUAAAUGUGACUAAGGAAGGAUUCACAGUAUGUAUAUUAUUACACUUAUUUACCUCUUUAUGAAAAUGCCUUAAAAAUUCUUUUAUUCUGUAAAACAUAAAAUAACAUAAAAUUAAUGUAAAAGAAAACUAAUUUUAAUAAACAAUUCUAAUUUGUA